AUGCGUCGCCAAGUUUUCUCCCUUCUGGCUGCGUUCGCUCUCGGUGGUUUCGAGCUGGUGGCUGCUAACACAGUCAUUGUAAAUGACGAUGUCGUCCAUGUUGAACGACCCCGUUACUACUUCCCUCAAAAUGUCAAGCGAACUGUCACCAAUAACACCUCCAAAAACACCGACACAGACACCGUGAGCAACGUCGCCAGUCUUCCGAUUAGCUCAACAGACACUUUGUCAUCUGUCUCGUCAUCAGCUACCCCGGCACCAAAGGAAGUCGUAGUGGUCAUUUCAAUCGACAGCACAGGACACCGUCAUACUGUAACCACUACUACUCGUGAUGGCGCGCCUACUGACCCAGCCACUACCACUAGUACCGGUGCGGACGACUACGUGCCCAGCGAUACUUCCGCCUCGGCCCCAGCUUCGACAACGGCCGCCGCCGUAAGCAGCAGCAACAGCGCGGCUGCUACGGUCGUGACUUCAUCUACCGCCCAGCCCACUAGCACUUCGUCAGCUGGUCUCCUUGGAGGUAUUGGUGGUGACGUUUCUUCGCUCGUUGGUGCUUUGGCCGGCUCUACCAGUUCGACACUUGCCAACAGUGAUACUUCCAGUGCCACCGCUUCUACAACACCCGUGACCCAGGCUUCGGCUGCCUCAUAUACUAGCGGCUCAACUGCCAGCAGCACGUCAUCCAACGACGCCGGCCUACUGGGCAUUGUAUUUGGCACAUCUACUUCGACUGCAUCGAGCGUUAGCGCCAGCGCUGCCGCCGUUUCUCUCGCCUCUGGCGUGUCUAGUUCGACUGCCUCAGCCAGCUCAACUGACCCAGGCCUGCUCGGUAUUCUAUUCGGAACUACAUCAUCAACUCCGGGCGCCAGCGCUGCUGCUACUAUCGCGACUACCGUUUCUUCUGGCGCAUCUUCAGCAAGUGGCUCAUCUGCUACUGACAUUUCAUCAACUGACCCAGGUCUGCUCGGUAUCGUCUUUGGAACUACUACAUCUACCCCGAGUGCCAGCGCUGCCGCUACUACUGUAGCUUCUCGCGUGUCUGGCAGUCUGACUGCCUCGGCUGCUAGCAGCUCAUCCACUGACCUUCUUGGUGUUGUUGGCGCUCUCUUGGGAGAUUCUUCAUCGACUACCCCGAGCACCAGUGCUGCCGCUGCCGCUACUACUGUCGCUUCUGGCGUGUCUGGCAGUCUGACUGCCUCAGCUGCUAGCAGCUCAUCUACUGACCUUCUUGGUGUCGUUGGUGCUCUCUUGGGAGAUUCUUCAUCAACUACCCAAAGCGCCAGUGCUGCUGCUGCUACAUCUGUCGCUUCUCGCGUAUCUGGCAGUCUGACUGCCUCGGCUGCAAGCAGCUCAUCCACUGACCUUCUUGGUGUUGUUGGCGCUCUCUUGGGAGAUUCUUCAUCGACUACCCCAAGUGCUAGUGCUGCUGCUGCCGCCGCUACCACUGUCGCUUCUCGCGUGUCUGGCAGUCUGACUGCCUCGGCUGCAAGCAGCUCAUCUACUGACCUUCUUGGUGUCGUUGGUGCUCUCUUGGGAGACUCUUCAUCGACUUCCUUGAUCGCUAGUGCUACUGAUGCUUCUGCGGCUCUGACUGCUAUCACCCCUGGAACAGCGACAAACACCUAUCUGCCAGCCAUCAGCCCAACUGCUAGCCCUGCGCCUACUGGUCUCGUAGGUGUAGUGGGCUCUCUGCUGGGAGAUUCCUCGACUACCCCAGCCGCUACGGCCAUCGCAUCUUCUGGAAUCGCGCUGAGUGCCACCGCAUCUUCUGCCGCCACUGCGUCCACUGAUACCGGGCUCAUUGGCGCUCUCCUUCCCGGAAUUUCUGCAUCGAGUACUGCGGACAUCACCACUACCGGUCUUCCUACGGCAACCAGUCCUGCGUCGGCCCCUGCCGCUGUCACCUCCACCGGUGAUGCUCUUAGCAGCUUCCUGGCUGGUGUUACAUCUCCAAUUGGCAGCACUGUCGCUAGCCUGACUGACGAAAACACAAGUACUGGUCUCGCCCCUAUUCCCUCACCAGCUGGAAGCGGUCCUGCGAAGUCACCUGGCGCCAGUGGUGCCGUUACUGCCACUGGAACAGCAACAGCACCCACCGCUACUAACUCCAUUGGAGUAAUUCCUGUGCCUCACUCUCCUGGCACCGAGACUACCCCUGGCUCUAUUCCCACGCCUACCGGUGCUGUCGAUACUUCGGCCUUUGCUUCACCAACUGUCACUCCUGUCACCCAAACAACGGCCGAGUCCACUUCGACUCCUGCUGUUGUCGUAGCACCGGUCCCUACUACUACGGAAUCUCCCAAGGAGAUCCCCACUGAGACCUCCACCUCAUCUGACUCGGGCAACUGGAUGCCAUCUAGCAUUCUGAUACUUCCAGCCACUACUCCUUCUGAGAACACCGGAUCCAGCACUGGUACUUCCAGCACCGCCUCGAGCGAGCCCACUCAGCUUCCUGGCUCGAUUACGCCGGCAACAAGUGUGACCGAGGCCCCUGCUGACUCGAUGUUGCUUCAGUUCGGAUUUGACGGCAGCCUGCCUUGGUCCUUUGUGGCGACUACCGCUCUGUCCUCGUCUCAGAUCUUCCAGUACGUUCCCGAGGCUCUUGCACAUGCCCUGCCAACAUAUGGAUCCACGGCCACCAUGUUCGCUCUCGAGCCCUACUACAAUUGGCAGAAGACUGGGUACAACUCUACCCUUGCUAUCUUCUACUUCCCUCGUGCGGGCUAUGAGGAGCUUCUGGCUCAGCACAACAACCCCAACUCAGCCCUCUACACCGAGGCACAGAGCGAUACUGUUAGAUCCCUCAUGUCCAUGAUUGAUUCCACCAUUCCUCUCGAGUUCAAUGGCAACUACCCCACAGGUAGCGGCAGUUCAUCCUCCGGUUCCACUGAUAGUGCUAGCGGCAGCAGCACCAGCACCAGCACCAACUCCAACGUCAAUGGAGGCUCUGCAUCUACAUCCAAGGCUAAGGCUAGCUCUGUUGGCAUCGGAGUCGGUGCUGUCGCCGGUGCGGCUGCCUAUGGUGCUGGUAUGUUCUGGAUCGCUCGUCGUUACCGCAAGAGAAAGCAACUGCACCAGCGCUCCAGCUCCACAGCCAUGAGCCAUGGUUCCGUUGGCUCCGUCUUCGCUACCGGUGGUCGCUUGUCUGGUAGCCAGCGUACUGGUCGUUCCCAGAUGAUCAGUGCCCCUGUCAUGGCAGAGAAUUCACUAGGAUGGAACUAA